UCCGCCUUUCGCUCCUUGCCCGCUCAACCACAUCCAUGAUGGCUUCCUGUAGUCUGCCUUAUGUCGCAGACGCUGGAAGUCUGCCAGCAACUCUACCAACAGUGCACGACAUCGAGUCUGCGGAAAAGAUCUUCAGCGACACGACAGGACGUAAAGUUGUUGGUGUGGGCACUCACUUCAUGGUCAAGUAUGGAGUCCAGGUCGAUCCCCUCGAAGGCCAGACGAUGUUGUUUCUGGCACAAUCGACACUGAUCCCCGUCCCGCGGGUUUACGCGAUGUUCCAAAACUCCGCCCAAGAUACUACCUACAUCGUCAUGGAACGUAUCAAGGGAUCGAGCCUGGAUCUGGAGUGGCCUCGGAUGGACUGCGCAUCAACGGAAGCCGUUGCGUUUCAGCUUCGGAGCAUCUUUGGAGAGAUGCGAAAGCUGCCUUCCCCUGGUGGAUACUGCAGCGUCGGCCGUCGAGGACUACCGGACGGUCUCUUCUGGACAGAUGAUCCAGCAAACCCAUAUGCCGGACCCUUCGACACAGAAGCGGAGCUUAACAGUGCCAUAAUUCUCAAAUACACAGAGAAUGGUCUUUCGAAGCACAAGGCGAGCUACUACACUCGCACGUUCGCUGGUGUCUUCCAGGGUCACAAGCCCACCUUCUCGCACGCAGAUUUUCAACGGAAGAAUGUUCUUGUGCGCACUCCAGAGACACAAGCGGACAGCGCGCACCCCGAGUUGGUCAUCAUAGACUGGGAGUUUGCCGGCUGGUAUCCAAGUUACUGGGAGUACGCCCGAGCAAUCUUUGCUUGCGGACGUUGGGACGAUGACUGGAGCGAUUGGGUGGAUGAGAUACUGGAGCCGUUCCGCAACGAGUAUGCAUGGAUGGAGAUACUACUCAGGGAGAUGUGGUCAUGAUCGACGUGUACUCUAAACGAUCAAAUGCGCUCUCAUACUGGUCACGUGCGCAAGCUGGUGGGCUGUGUUAUAGCAAGCUGCUUCCUUGCUGCACGCUGUCAGACACACCGUUCAGAACGCCGUUGCGCUUUGAAGCCCCGAGACAGCAGGCUUACAGCCCGUAAGCCUGCUGUCCAGCAGUUCCGCC